UUUUUUUAAAGGGUGGUUUCAGCUGCCAGAUGUUUGCACUUAAGGGACCCGUGUAGCUGCUGUUUAUAUUUCUCUGACUUAAAAGAAAAAUCCGUGAAGUCGCGAGCUCUGAUUUUAAAUGAUUGUUUUUUAAAAAGGGAACUUGUUUUAUUAGUUUUAUUUCAGUUGCUAGAUCCCUUGUGAUCCCAGCAGGGCUGGGUCAGUCGACGGAGGGACUGGUUCUGCACGGACUAACACAGGCAGCUUUUUAUAUGCAUUCUUAACCAAAAGAAAAACGUAACAAACAGGAAUUAACAUGGAGUUUUAAACCAACGACUUGCGUGGAUGUUGUUAUAACUUCCAAAAUGAAGUAUAGAGCGAUGGUGGUGGGCAGCGAGGGGGCGCGGGUGACGAUGGAGAGCGCUCUGACGGCACGGGACCGAGUCGGGGUCCAGGACUUCGUGCUCCUCGAGAACUUCACCAGCGAGGCUGCGUUCAUCGACAACCUUCGCAAGAGGUUCAAGGAGAACCUCAUCUAUACCUACAUCGGCUCAGUGCUGGUAUCAGUGAACCCUUACAAGGAGCUGGAGAUCUACAGCAAGCAGCACAUGGAGCGAUACCGAGGAGUCAACUUCUAUGAGGUCUCCCCACACAUCUACGCGGUCUCCGAUAACUCGUACCGCGCCAUGCGCACAGAGAGAAAGGACCAGUGCAUUCUCAUCUCGGGGGAGAGUGGCGCCGGGAAGACGGAGGCGUCCAAGAAGAUCCUGCAGUACUACGCUGUGACCUGCCCUGCCAGCGACAAGGUGGAGACCGUGAAGGACAGGCUGCUGCAGUCCAACCCAGUCCUGGAGGCUUUUGGAAAUGCUAAAACACUCCGGAAUGACAACUCCAGCCGAUUUGGGAAGUACAUGGAUAUUCAGUUCGAUUUCAAGGGCGCUCCCGUCGGGGGUCACAUCCUCAACUACCUGCUGGAGAAGUCGCGGGUCGUGCACCAGAACCACGGAGAGCGCAACUUCCACGUCUUCUACCAGCUCAUCGAGGGCGGGGACGACGACCUGCUCCGGAGGCUGGGGCUGGAGAGGAACGCACAACAGUACCAGUACCUGGUGAAGGGUAACUGCCCCAAGGUGAGCUCGAUCAAUGACAAGAAUGAAUGGAAGGUGGUGAGGAAGGCUCUCUCGGUCAUUGGCUUCAGUGAGGACGAGGUGGAGGAGCUGCUGAACAUCAUCGCCAGCGUGCUGCACCUGGGGAAUGUGCAGUUUGCCGGGGAUGAGCAGGGCAAUGCCCAGAUCACCACCGAGACCCAGAUUAAAUACCUGGCCAGGCUCCUGGGAGUGGAGGGGGCUGCGCUGAAGGAGGCUCUGACCCAUAAGAAGAUCAUCGCCAAGGGAGAGGAGCUGGUCAGCCCCCUGAAUCUGGAGCAGGCUGCCUAUGCCCGGGACGCGCUGUCCAAGGCUGUGUACGGACGAACCUUCUCCUGGCUGGUCAGCAAGAUCAACGAGUCCCUCGCCUACCAGGACGCUGAGUAUCCGGGGCGUAAGAGUGCAGCAGUGAUCGGGCUGCUGGAUAUCUACGGGUUUGAGGUCUUUCAACACAACAGUUUCGAGCAGUUCUGCAUUAACUACUGCAACGAGAAGCUGCAGCAGCUGUUCAUCGAGCUGACGCUGAAAUCGGAACAGGAGGAGUACGAAGCCGAGGGGAUCACGUGGGAGCCUGUUCAGUUCUUUAACAACAAGAUCAUCUGUGAUUUAGUGGAAGAGAAAUUCAAAGGCAUCAUCUCCAUUCUGGAUGAGGAGUGUCUGCGCCCCGGAGACGCCAGUGACCUCACAUUCCUGGAGAAACUGGAGGACAAGCUGGGGGGACACGCCCACUUCGUCACACACAAGCUGGCGGAUGGAAAGACACGGAAGGUGAUGGGGCGCGAGGAGUUCCGACUCCUGCACUACGCCGGAGAGGUCAACUACAACGUGAACGGCUUCCUAGACAAGAACAACGACCUGCUCUUCAGAAACCUGAAAGAGGCGAUGUGCCAAUCGGAGAACAAGAUCCUGAACCUGUGCUUCGACCAGAGCGACCUGACCGACAAGAAGCGUCCCGAGACGGCUGCCACCCAGUUCAAAGCCAGUUUGGCAAAGCUUAUGGAGAUCUUGAUGUCAAAGGAGCCUUCGUACGUUCGCUGCAUUAAGCCCAACGAUGCCAAACAAGCAGCCCGCUUCGAUGAGGUUCUGAUCCGACACCAGGUGAAGUACUUGGGUCUCAUGGAGAACCUGCGAGUGAGGCGAGCCGGCUUCGCAUACCGCCGCAAAUAUGAGAUCUUCCUGCAGAGGUACAAGUCUCUCUGUCCAGGAACGUGGCCGCACUGGAACGGCCGGCCAGCGGACGGAGUGGCCACUCUGGUCAAGCACCUGGGAUACAAACCCGAGGAGUACAAGCUGGGCAGAUCCAAAAUAUUCAUUCGCUUCCCCAAGACGCUGUUCGCUACAGAAGACGCACUGGAAGUGCGGAAACACAGUCUGGCCACCACACUGCAGGCUUCGUGGAAAGGAUACAGUGCGAAGUCCAAGUUCCAGAAGCUGAGACGAUCUGCAAUUCUGAUCCAGGCGUGGUGGCGUGGCAUCCAGGGCAGACGGAGAGCGGCCAGGAGGAAGCGGGCAGUGGAGAUCAUCCGCAGGUUCAUUAAAGGAUUCAUUUACCGGCAGGAGCCGCGCUGCCCGGAGAACGAGUAUUUCCUGGAUUACGUGCGCUACUCCUUCCUCAUGAACCUCCGCAGGAACUUACCCAAGAACGUCCUGGACAAGUCCUGGCCCACGCCCCCUCCGGCGCUGAGUGAGGCCUCUGAUCAGCUGAGGAAGAUGUGCAUGCAGAACAUGAUGUUGAGCUACUGCAAACAAAUCAACCCGGAAUGGAAGAACCAGCUCGAGCAGAAGUGCAUUGCCAGUGAGAUCUUCAAGGAGAAGAAGGACAACUACCCGCAGAGCGUGCCCAAGCUGUUUGUGAACAGCCGACUGGGGAAUGAAGAAAUCAACCCCAAAAUUCUCCAAACGCUAGGAAAUGAGAAAAUCAAGUACGGAGUCGCAGUUACGAAGUACGACCGGAAAGGCUACAAAGCCCGGCAGAGACAGCUGCUCCUUACCCAGAACAGUGCCUUCAUCGUGGAAGAGGCUAAACUCAAACAGAGGAUAGACUACAGCAUCAUGAAGGGAAUCUCCGUGAGCUCCUUGAGCGACGGGCUGUUUGUGCUCCACGUGCCUUGUGAGGAUAACAAACAGAAGGGAGACGUGAUUCUGCAGAGUGAUCACGUGAUCGAGACCCUGACAAAAGUUGCCAUGAGCGCCGAUAAAGUGAACAACCUCAACAUCACUCAAGGAAGUAUAAAGUUCACGGUGGGCCAGGGGAAGGAAGGGAUCAUCGACUUCACCUCUGGGUCGGAGCUCCUGAUCACCAAGGCCAAGAACGGACACCUGUCUGUGAUUGCCCCUCGUCUCAAUUCAAGAUGAUGAUGAUCCAUUUAAAAAGAGGCUAUAUAUAUAUAUAUAAAAAAAGAAAAUGUAAAAAAUAUAUAUAUGGAUUUCUACCAGCCACUAAUCAGAUUACAGCAGACAAAGCAAAUACCGGUUUUCAUUGGCUAAUUCUGCCAGUGAUUAUUCGCCUUAUCCAAUCAGAUCUCUUCAUUUCUUCCCGACACCAAAGGCCUGUGCUUCCAAAAACCUGAAGAAAAAAAGAUAGCUAUAUAUAUUUUUGUUUUAAUUAUUAUUUUUUUUCAAAUCCAGAACGCACAGUGAUUCUAGCUUGAGCCUCGCGCUACUUUGCUGCAAUGCAAGUCUGACAAGUCAAGCUAAAAAAAAAAAGAAAAAGAGGAAGAAAAUGGAUACGUUGUUAAAUUAAAAAAAAUACAUAUUCAGAGCAAGAAUCCUUCAGGAAAUCAAAGGCAAGAAGCUGCAAAGCAAGCAGUGAUGCCCUUGGGAACAUGAUCGGUAGUGUUUUGAUUAAAUCAGGGGAAUUUUCUAUUUGAUUUUUGUGAAGGUGAAUUGAUGGCUUUAACUUUGGCAGGAAAGUUGAUGCAACCAAUCAGGAGUGAGAACGACAAACGAUUUGGACGGGACCGCAAGGACAGGAGAGUCAGAGACAGGCUGGACAGAAACUAGGAGCCCCCAAGCUGUCCACGCUGACCCAUUUCAACACCCAGCAGCGCUUGGGAUUGGGUGAGCUCUCGCUGAAGGAUUACCCAGCUUGCUCUCUGUCAUUCCCUGGAACCUCAAACUCCAUUCAGUUGCAGCGAGCGCGUUUCGAAAGCGUCUCUGCGUAAUCUCAUCCCUCAGGAUUCUCAAACCUGUCCGAGACCCAACCAAGGACUGUUUGUUUAAAAAUUAAAAGGAGAACUCUGCCCAUGUGGUUUAAAAACUGAAGAAAAGCUCCACCUCCUGCAGAGGUCCAUACCUUCAGCUGAAUAUACUGGAUCUAAAUCUAACUUCUCGCACCGUUUCCUGUCAGCACCAGCCUUUUUGGUAGUAAUUCAUUUGGUAUAAAUUAAUCAGUGGUUGCAGUUUCAUAUUUUGAGGGUAGCAUUCUAAAAGUGCGUAACCAUAUUAUUAUUAUUAUUAUUAUUAUUAUUAUUAUUAUUAUUAUUAUUAUUUUACUUUUUAUGCAAUCACUUGACCAGUUUGGCAUUCAGUGCUUGCUUGUCAUUUACAGUUUCAGUAGUCAAUGCUUUUAGACUAAGCCGUGUCUGGCUGUAUACUGCAGUGUGUGUACCCUUUUGCGCAGUAUAUUAUAGUGUACUUGAUCAAAAUGUCAUCUAACUUUAACACAAACGUAGAGGCUUAGUUACGCACCUUUGGUAGCCUACUAACCUCCAUUUAACUUGUGAAGGACGUUGUCACUUGAAGUGCUUGUGAUAACCCUGUGCCUCGCCAGCAUAAGCCACCAAUUACAAUGCUGUUUUACUAUGCUUAUUUUUUAUUUUUCAAACAAAUGGGGUCACUAAAAGUGGUUUAAAAAACACAAGAAUAAUGAUCAUGGGACAAAUCCGUGCACAAUCGCUGUUCUGCAGGCGUGCCUGGGUUCAGCUACAAUGACCUUGUAAUUGCAGUCAAGUACGAAUUGGAAUUGAUCCCCGCUCUGAAUCCCAGGUACAGUAGAAUAGCAAAAAAAAAAAAAAAAAAAAAUCUGUCUGUGGUUUAUCCUGGCGAGGAUCGAAGUUUAUCAGAUCAGCUCCAAAGCACACUGGGCUACAGUGCAUUGUGGCUGCAUUAUCAUUCACUGUUGUCAAAUUCUAGCCACAACCUGUAAAUUGUAUGUAAGUGUGUUUGUAUACAUGUGCCUUGCCUAGACUUCAAUACAUGUCUGUAGCCAUAUACUUCCAUGCACUGGUUUCCACUCGGUUACUUCCACACAAAUCCAAUUGAACGCAGUUCAGAGCCGUUUAGCAUACUGCGCCUGCAGCAGCAGAGCCCUGUGAGGUUGGUGUUAGCCCCCAAGGUGCUGAAAUCAUCCUGUGUGUUUCAACGCGCUUGACCAGUCCCAAGAAGUCAAAACUAAGCCUAAAACAUUAUCGCUACUGUAUUUCAAUUUAAAUAUACUGUCACAGGAUCAAAGUUAAAGCAUUCAAGCACGUCUUCUUCUGAAAUAAACCCUUUUUUCUCUGUGGUUUAACAGCAUGCAGUCUGGGUCAUUUCAAAUGCCAAGUUUCUGCACGGCCCAAUGCAGCAUCAGAUUGAUAUGCCAAUCCUCUUGGACGCUUGCCUGCGCUGAAUGCAGUGCUGCUAUGCCUGUACUGAAGAUGCAAUUCUCUGCAUCUUUUAAAAGAGAAGACAUUUAGCCUUUUAUUUUAUUUUCAAUACUUUUAGUUAUUACACAAGUUAAACAAAUUUUAAAGACAACUUUUGGAAGAGUACAUUUUUUUUUUCUUUUUUUUUUUUUGUAAAUGGAGUGAGUAAUAAUGCUUUAUGAACAGGGGGAGCGGUAUAAUAAAGUGAUUGAAAAGCCAUAGAGAAAUGAAUUCUGAUCUGUAAAUACAUAUGUUAUCAUGGAGAUAGCCUUUGUAAUGUGUGCAAUAAUAAUUAAGCAUUUGAUGACGAACAAACUCUGUUUUUUAAAGUUUUUGAAUUUCUUUUUUUAAUGCAAAUUCAUUCUGACUCCCCGCUACGCUGCCCCUAAUGCCAAAGGCUUGUGGAGGAGCAUGCAAACCAGUCCUGUAUCCACACCUAGCACAAAGAACCCAUUUCCUAAAACUUUCAGACCCGAGGCGCUCGUGGCUGUGCUAUUGUUCAGAGAGGUGCAGGUUUAAAUCUUAGCCUUGGCAAGCCUUUUCUUUUUGAGGUUUAUUUGUCUGAGCACUGCCCUCCCAUUUCAAUAAAAAUAAAGUAAAACUGCUUCCAGAUUUAA